AUGGCGGAAGCAGCAGAAAAGGCGGCUUUCCUCGGGGGUCUUGUUGUGACAUUCAAGGAGCAAAUGCACACUGAUGUUCUAGUUAAACCUGGUGAAGAUGGUCCAGCCAUACCAACACACAAAGCUGUUCUGGCGGCAAGAUCAAAGGUGUUCAUGAACAUGCUAGAUUCUGAUGAAUGCAAGACCUCAUCCGAGGAAUCAAUCACUCUCCCGGACUUGACUCACGAGCAACUCAAAUCACUUCUCGAAUUCCUCUACAGCGGAAACUUAAACGCUCCAUACAAUCAAUACCGAGCGCUCUAUCUUGCUGCAGAUAAAUACGACAUUCCAUAUCUGCAAGACACAUGCCGAAACCAUUUCAUUGCAUCUCUGAGCUCGAGGAACGUCCUAGACAUCUUAGAGCUCGCCAGUAUCCCUUCUGAUACAAUCUUGAAAGACGCAGCGAUCAAUCAUAUUGUAAAACACAUGGAAGAAGUUGUUGUUCCGAUGAAAUACGAGACUUUUGUGCAGAGGAACCCGGAUCUAAGCGUGGAGAUCACUAGGGCCUAUCUAAGAGAGACCAAAGCUAAAGCCAAAGAUCAUGUACCAAACAACUAUAAUCGCCCUCGCAUGUUCUGA